UGAAAGUGAUGCAGAAUUAUUUGUUGAUAACAUUCAGCAAAAGAUUAUUUCUAAUGGAAUUAAAUAUAGUAUUACAGAAUCUUCAAAUGCUGAAACUGUUGAGAAUAACUAUUCUAGUUUUUUAUUUUCUAGAAAAAUUUCAAACAAAUGA